AUGGAUCGCAUAGUGUUUACUGUGAACGGUAGACCUUGUUCAGUGGACGAGAAGACACCACGGACAAUGUCUCUGAACCUGUACAUCCGCAAGGUCCUCUCCCUACCCGGAACCAAGGCCAUGUGCCGGGAGGGGGGAUGUGGAGCGUGUAUAGUCACGGUUCGAGCGAGGCGCGCCACGACCGAAUUGGUCGAGACGUUCUCUGUAAACUCGUGCCUCGUCCUGGUGUUCUCCUGUCACGGCUGGGACAUCACCACGAUAGAAGGCCUGGGUGACCGCUGCCGAGGCUAUGACGUCAUUCAGAAGAGAUUCAAAGAGUUCAACGCUACGCAGUGCGGGUACUGCACGCCCGGUUGGGUCAUGCAGAUGAACAGUCUGCAGAAUAAACAUCUCACAGAAGCGGAACUAGAGCGGUCUUUUGGCAGCAACACCUGCCGUUGUACCGGCUACAGACCAAUCCUGGACGCGGUAAAGUCUUUCGCCGUCGACGCGAAUCCAGAUUUACGCCAGAAAGUCAAAGAUAUUGAAGACUUUGAAGGCUGUUGUGGCAGAAACAAAUGCAAAAGAAAAUGCUCAACAGAAAGUUGUGAUCGUGACUGGGAUUUUGUUAGUGACGCAAAUGUUAGUGAAACGAUUGAGUUGGAUUUUGGAGUUGACAAAUUUUUCAAAGUGUUCGAUGUGAAUGAAAUAUUUGAGGUCUUGGAUAAGCAUGGAGCGGAGUCGUAUAUGUUCGCCGAUGGAAAUACGGGGAAAGGUAUAUACGAAACAUACAACUACCCUCGCAUCAUCAUUGACAUCAGCGAUGUGAAAUCCUUGAAGGAACACCAAAUUGACCAGAACCUUGUUCUUGGAGCCAAUAUCUCGUUGGAAGACAGUAUUGCCAUAUUUGAUGAGUUAUCCAGCCAGAUGGAUGAGUUUGUGUACUUGAAGGAGUUCAGCAGACAUUUGAGGCUUGUUGCUCAUAUACCUGUGAGAAAGAUUGGUUCCCUAGCCGGUAACCUGAUGUUGAAGCAUGAGAUGCCGUUCUACCAAUCAGAUGUGUUUCUUUUGCUCUCGUGUGUGGGGGCUGUUAUUAAUGUCAGAAACUCUUCUGGUCAGACGCAUACUCUGACCAUGACGGACUUCCUGAAGUUCGACAUGAGGGGCAUGUUGAUGCUUACUAUAGUGCUGCCACCUAUGUCGAAAACUGUUAUCUUCAAAAGUUAUAAGAUAAUGCCGAGAAAUCAGAACGCUUUGGCUAUAGUGAAUGCAGCAUUUCUCUUAAAACUGAACAACCAUACAAACGUGGUAGAGCAUGUUAAGUUAGCAUUUGGCAAUAUUACUGAAGAAUUCAUCUUUGCUGAUAAUACCGAGAAAUAUUUGUUGGGAAAAUUCGCUUUUAGUAAUGAUACAUUACAAGGAGCGGUAAAAGAGUUAGGUGAAGAGAUCCAUCCGAAAGACUUCCCUCCAGAACCCUCUCCUGAGUGUCGCAAGAAACUAGCCAUAGGACUCUUUUAUAAGUUCAUGUUAAGCGUCGCUCCCUCAGGAACCGUGGCUGCUGCUUACCAAUCAGGAGGCUCAGAGCUCUCCCGCGCCGUGUCCGGCGGGAGACAGGACUUCCAGACCGCGCCGGAGUUGUAUCCCUUAAACAAACCGAUGCCUAAGCUGGAGGCUAUGAUCCAGAGCGCAGGUGAAGCCGAGUACACGAAUGACAUCCCGCCGAUCCCGGGGGAAGUGUUCGGGGCGUUCGUGUUGGCCACUGUACACUCGGGCCAAAUUGAUGAGGUCGAUGGCACUGACGUGUUGAAAAUUCCUGGCGUUCUCGCCGUGUACACCGCCAAAGACAUCCCGGGGAAGAACUCCUUCACCAGGCCCGGGAUUCAGCUGCAGACGGAGGAAGAAGAGAUAUUGGUCAGUGUCCAAGUUUUGUACUACGGCCAACCUGUCGCAAUAGUUGUUGCUACUCGCGAGGACCUAGCGGCCGAGGUUGCUAAGAAGGUCAAGGUCACGUACAAAAACGUCCCGGAUUCGAAACCCGUCCUGACUAUUGAUGACGCCAUGAAGGACAAAAAGAGAUAUUUUGUGGGAGACGACUCUAUUGAACCGACAGGUUCGUACGAGAUUAGACAUCAGUACCACUACUACUUGGAACCUAUUUCUUGCGUGGUGAAGCCGGUGGACAGAGGGCUGGAAAUACACGAGUCUACGCAGUGGAUGGACGCCACUCAGAUAGCGGUGGCGCAGUGCCUGGGGAUCAAGGAGAGCGAGGUAACCCUAAAGAUCCGUCGUUGCGGCGGCGCGUUCGGCGGGAAGAUCUCGCGGCAGGCGCGCGCCUCGUGCGCGUGCGCACUCGUCGCCAGGAGCCUGAACAAGCCGUGCCGGUUCGUGUUGCCGGUACAGACCAACACUACCAUCAGUGGGACGAGGAUACCGAAUAAGUGUCAAUACGAGGUCGGUGUCGACAACAACGGCAAGAUUCAAUACUUGGAGGCCGAAAUAAUUGAAGACGAGGGUUGUUCUCACAACGAUAGCGUCCUCUCGUACGUAGUGGACGGCUUCAAGCAUUGCUACGAUGUUGCCAACUGGCAUCUGAGGACUGCCUAUGUGACCACUGAUAAAGCGUCUAACACCUUCGCUCGAGCUCCAGGAACGUGCGAAGGCAUCACGCACAUAGAGCACAUAAUGGAGCACAUUGCUUUCGCCGUCAACAAAAGCUCGACAGACGUCCGCAAAAUCAACAUGAGGCCCGACGACAAUGACCUCCCCGAAAUGAUCGACACUCUCAAGAAAGAAGCCGAUUUUGACGAAAGAGUUAAAGCUAUCGAGAAAUUUAAUGAAGAAAAUCGUUGGAUGAAAAGAGACAUCCAAAUUAGUAUUAUGCUGUUUCCAGUAACUUAUUACGGGAAUUAUACAGCUAUGGUUACCAUUUACAGGGGAGACGGUACAGUGACGAUAACAGGAGGCGGUAUUGAGAUGGGUCAGGGUUUGAAUACGAAGGCUGCUCAAGUUUGCGCGUACGAAUUGGGCAUUCCAUUGGACUAUGUCUCAGUUUUACCACAUUUUAGCUACAUAGCGGCCAACAACGUGUUUUCCGGAUCAAGUAUUACGAGCGAAAGUGUGUGUUAUUCUAUUAUUAGGGCUUGUAAUAUUUUGAAGGAAAGAUUGGAGCCUGUGAAAAAGGAGAUGACUAAGCCGUAUACUUGGAAAGAGUUGAUUUGGCGCGCUGGCGAGUUGUUGAUAGAUUUGACAGCGAAAUAUAUGAUGUCGGAUAAAGAAAAGGAUUUGUCGGGGUAUAGUGCGUUCGCGGUCGCCAUCUUGGAAACCCAGUUGGAUGUUUUGACUGGAAGGUAUGAGAAACUGAGGGUGGACAUUUUGGAAGAUGUGGGGCUGAGUGCCAACCCGCUGAUUGAUGUUGGACAGCUGGAAGGUGGUUACAUCCAAGGCUUGGGCUACUACACUUCAGAGGAGUACAUCUUUGACAAACACUCCGGCAGACUCCUCACCAACCGCUCCCUCACCUACCAUGUUCCACUGGCGAUGGACAUUCCUGUGGACUUCAGGAUCAAGUUCAGAUAUAACUCUAAGAAUCCUCAAGGCGUGCUGGGAUCUAAAACGGUAGGAGAGAUGGGAAUCUGCACAGCCCACGGCAUCACUCACGUUUUAAGACAAAACAUCAACAGGUCCAGAAAGGAAUCGGGGCAUGAUCCCGCCGAAUGGAUCGACAUUGACACCCCUUAUACAACGGAAUCAAUAUUGAAGGCUUUGGAUGUGAAAUAUGAGGAAUUCGUCUUCUCACCAUAA